AUGUCUAAUCGGCUAUCGCUUUUGAAAUCGCCAGCGGCAAUUGAUCGUGCACCAGAUCCAAAACCAAUGACAUCGGCCAGCAAUGAAGAUGAAUCUGAUGGAAAUAUUAAACAAUUAAAACGUAAACAAAAUUUAAGUCAAUCAUCAACAGAUUCAAAUAAACGAAUGAAUUCUAUAGCAGAAACUAAUAGUGGUUUACAACCAUUUUUACUCGAAAGUGAAGAUCCAAAAUUUACACAUACAUUUGUUCCUUGUAUGGUUUAUUUACCUGUUAUACGACGAGUCACAAAACAAGUCAAAAUUAAUUUACGAUUAAAACCUGUUUUAGCUGACGUUUCUUCUUAA